AGCCAUCUUGUUUGUUAUUUCGUUUCCGCACCGAAUCCGUGUAACGUGAACGAACGAACGUCCGCCGCCGUCGUUACCGACGCGAAAUUGGAACUGCAUGUCGCGGUGUCCGCGGUAUUGAAUGGUCUACAUUUUGGAGUCAUUUAUUGACGCUCCACGCCAUCUAAAAUAUAUUUGUGUACAAAUUCGACGCACGUGCCGUUGUGAUUGACGGUCGCAGAAAUUGGGCGUACACUGAGCAAGCCAGUCAAGUUCGUUUUGGCCGACAAAAAUUCGGAACAUAAGCGCACCGCCAUCCCAUUCAGCAAACGGAACAAGAACAGAAACUCAAAAACGAAUCCUUUGCCCCGUAUUAUGAACCACAUGGUUGAACGGGACAGUCAGAAUGACGUUCCGGAAGGAAUGGACAUCACGGAAGUGUUCACUAAUAAUGAUACACCUUUCGUGUAUACAAGUGGUAUAGAUGUACUUAAUGAUCUAGUAGAAGAGCCACCUGAAACAAUACCCAUAACUGACGUAGAGAUGGAAGAAGAUAAUGCACGUCCAGAAGCAACUUUUAGAUUUGAAAUUGAAAAUUUCAGUAAAUCUAAAGAACAAAGAUUAUCACCUCCUUGUUAUGUUCGUGAUCUUCCAUGGAAAAUAAUGAUAAUGCAUAGAGUAAGCCAAGACAAUCGAUCUGCUAAACCUGCUCAACCUUCUGUUGGUUUUUUCCUUCAAUGUAAUGGUGAUUCAGAAAAUACUUCCUGGAGUGUUAAUGCAAGUGCUGAACUUCGUGUUAUAUCCCAAAAAGAAGGUAUCUCAAAUGUUGAACGUAAAAUUCAACACCUGUUCUACCCGAAAGAGAAUGACUGGGGAUUUAGUUUUUUCAUGUCUUGGGAAGACAUAACAGACGAAUCCAAAGGAUUUAUUAAAAAUGAUACAGUUAUAUUUGAGGUAUCUGUAACAGCUGAUGCACCACAUGGUGUUAGUUGGGAUUCUAAAAAACAUACUGGAUAUGUAGGUCUGAAAAACCAAGGUGCCACAUGCUAUAUGAAUUCACUUUUACAAGCAUUAUAUUUCACAAAUCAACUACGCAAAGCUGUAUAUAAAAUGCCUACUGAAAGUGAUGAUAGCAAUAAAAGUGUUGCAUUAGCGUUACAAAGAGUAUUCCAUGAACUACAAUUUUAUGAUAAACCUGUUGGAACUAAAAAAUUAACAAAAAGUUUUGGUUGGGAAACGCUAGAUUCAUUUAUGCAACAUGAUGUUCAAGAAUUUUUAAGAGUUUUGCUCGAUAAAUUGGAAAAUAAGAUGAAAGGCACUUGUGUUGAGGGAACUAUACCUAAGUUAUUUGAGGGUAAAAUGAUAUCAUAUAUAAAUUGUAAAAAUGUGGAUUAUUCUUCAAAACGAACCGAGACAUUUUAUGACAUUCAACUCAAUAUAAAAGGAAAAAAAAACAUUUAUGAGUCAUUCAAAGAUUAUAUACAAGUUGAGAUAUUGGAUGGUGAUAACAGAUAUGAUGCUGGAGAGUAUGGUUUACAAGAUGCUGAAAAAGGAGUUAUAUUUGCAUCAUUCCCUCCAGUAUUUUAUUUACAUCUUAUGCGAUUCCAAUAUGAUCCAGUUACUGAUAGUUCUGUUAAAUUCAAUGAUAGAUUUGAGUUUUAUGAUAAAAUUAAUUUGGAUCAGUAUUUAAAAACAAAAGAAGAAACUCCAGCUGAUUACAUAUUGCAUGCAGUUCUUGUUCAUAGUGGGGAUAAUCAUGGUGGACAUUAUGUUGUUUUCAUUAAUCCUAAAGGAGAUGGAAAAUGGUGUAAAUUUGAUGAUGAUGUUGUCUCAAGAUGCCCUAAAGAAGAAGCAAUAGAACAUAAUUUCGGUGGAAAUGAUGGAGACGAGAAUAUGAUGCCGAUAAAGCAAUGUACAAAUGCAUAUAUGUUGGUUUACAUACGUGAUUCUGAACUAAAAAAUGUGCUUCAAGAAGUUACAAUUAAUGACAUACCAAAAGAGGUAGAACGAUUGCAAGAUGAAAAACGUAUUGAAACAAUUAGAAGAAAAGAGAGAAACGAUUUACAUAUAUAUACCAAUAUACAAGUUUUUUUGGAGGAUUGUUUUGAUAGUUAUUUGGGUAUAGAUUUAUUUGAUUUGGAACAACCUACCUUCCGAACAGUUAAAGUAAAAAAAAAUAAUAAUUUAGAAGAAGUACAUCAAUUAUUGGCAGAAACUUUUAAAUAUCAAUCAAAUCAAAUUAGAAUUUGGCCUCUUAUUGCGAGUAAACAUGAUUCCUUGAGACCUUUAUAUCUUGAUGGAGAAGCAAAUGCUUUAAAAACUAUUCAAGACUUGCAUGAUACUUCAUCAACUACAUGGAAUAUUUGGUUAGAGUUAGUAAAGCCAGGUGUUAGUUCAUUGAUGCCUUUUGAUAAAAAUAAAAUGGCCCUGAUUUUUUUCAAAUUGUUUAUACCAGAAGAGAGGCUGUUAGUUUAUUGUGGUUACUAUUUUGCAAAUUAUGAAGCACCAAUAGAUUCUCUUGUUAAUAUCAUGAACAAAAGAGCUGGUUUUGAUGAAGACACAAAACUUGCAAUUUAUAAAGAAACUAAUAAAAAUGAAAUAGAAAAGAUAACUAAACUUGAUGAUCCACUUUGUGAAAUAAUACAGUCAUCGACCUAUGGAGAGAUAUUAAUCUUUCAAAAAGAAGAACUUAUUAAAACCUAUCCUUGUGUUAUGGAUCAUUUUAAAAAUAUUUGUUCCCAAGUGUAUAUAACAUUUUGUGAUAAACUUAUUCCUAACGAUCCUGGGUUUACUUUGGGAUUACCAAUGUGGAUGUUGUACCACAAUAUGUUACAAGCAGUUGCUGAAAGAGUAUCUGUUGAUCAACGUAAAUUACAGAUUUAUUUCAGUGUUAACAGUGGUCAAAAGGAAUGUCCUGGUGAACCAAUUAAAAACUCUUAUAACGGACCAAUUCGAGAUCUAAUAACAAAUAACAGUUAUGGAAAAAGAUAUCCUAAGAAAUUCUUUUAUCAGGAAAUGCACAUGUCAGUCGAUGAGUUGGAAAGCAAAAAACCCGUUAAAAUUAUUUGGUGUGGUCCCAAAUUAAAAGACGAAAAAGAAAUAGUUUUGUAUCUUAAUAAGAAUGAUACCUCAUGUACUCAUUUUUAUGAUGUAUUACAUGACAGUGUAGAAUUAUCCCCUGAAGGAUCUGGAAAAUUCAGAACACUAGAAAUUAUGUCAGCUAAAAUAAGUAAAUGGUUCAAUCCUGGAAUAAAAAUGCCUGACAUUGCAGCAGUUUUCCCAGCAAAAUACUAUAGAGUAGAAGAAGUACCAAGAGAUGAAUUGGAACUUGGUGAAAAUGAAUUAUUAGUUCCUGUUAAUCAUUUUUCAAAAGAAGUAUACUCAACAUUUGGUACUCCUUUUCUUAUUAAAAUUAUACAUGAAGAAACUUUAGCAGAUGUAAAAGAGCGAAUUGUUAACAAGACUGGUAUUCCAGACAAAGAGCUGGAAAAAUAUAAAUUUGCAAUUUGCCAAGGAGUCAGAGCAACUUUUAUUCCUGAUACUCAUAUUAUGAGCUUACAAGAUUUUAAAACAUCUCCUACCUCUCAAGGACAAGGCCAACGACCAUGGUUGGGCAUGGAACAUCCAAAUAAAACUAAACGCACACGAUUAAAUUAUUUAGAAAAAGCUAUUAAAAUCUAUAACUGAAAGUUUAUAUACGCAUAUGUAUCUUGAAUAUAUUUUAAAUUAAAUACUGUGUGUGAUAGUAAUGUCAAAUUGAUAUACUGGUGAUAAACCUUUUUACCUAUGUGUGUUUUUGCGUUUGAUUAAAAUUGCUAUUCUGUUUUAUGUAUAAUUCUGCUUGAUUUUAAAACAAUUUUUAAAUGUUUUAAAGGGUACUUACUAUAUUUUAUU